AUGCAUCAAGAAAAUGUUGGCAAGAUUGUACUUGCACACGUCGCGGCCGCAGCCUCGAUCGGAAUAAUCUCGGCCGGCGUCAUGCAUCUCCGCCACCGCCGGUCAAAGCCCUCAAAGGACUACAACCACCUUGCUCCGCUCUUCUACCGCUCACAAUCCGGCCGUCUACCCAAUAUCGAAAGAUUUUCCCAUUAUCUUGCAAGACAAAUGGGAUUUGAAGAUGAGAGUGAGUGUCCAAGAUUGAUAAAGUUGGGGUAUGAGUACAUGAAAAGGACCAAAGACGCUGACCAGAAGAUAUUUGAGUAUUUGGCGAAUUUGCCAAAUGCUGAGCAUUUGUAUGUGAAAUUGGUUGAAGAAUUUGAGAGAUGCAUUCUUGGGUAUUUGGCCUUUCAUUGGACCCAUGCCCCUCAAAUCAUCACUCAGAUAUUAAGUGUCGAUUCGGAGGAAAAGAAGCUCAAGAAUCUUGUGAUGGCCGCGACGAGGAAGCAAAGGUUUGAUAAGAUAACAAAAGAGCUAAAAGUGACGAGGAUGUUUUCGACGCUAGUGGAGGAAAUGAAAGCAAUCGGGACAGUCCCCAACAAUGGGUUAAAUCAGUCGGACGUGAUGGUCCCGGUGGCCCUAAGCGAAAGAAGCCCUGUUCUCCUUCUUAUGGGAGGUGGCAUGGGCGCUGGCAAGAGCACCGUCCUCAAAGACAUCAUGAAAGAAUCAUUUUGGUCGGGAGCAGGUGCAAAUGCUGUGGUUGUGGAGGCUGAUGCUUUCAAGGAGACGGAUGUAAUAUACCGUGCUUUGAGUUCGCGUGGCCAUCACCAGGACAUGCUACAAACAGCCGAGCUGGUGCACCAAUCAUCAACAGAUGCGGCUUCAUCUCUCCUAGUGAGUGCCCUUAAUGAUGGACGUGACGUGAUAAUGGAUGGGACCCUCUCGUGGGAGCCCUUUGUGGAACAAACAAUCUCAAUGGCAAGGAAUGUUCACAAAAGGCGGUACCGAAUGGGAGAAGGGUACAAGGUCUCGGAGGAGGACGGUACUGUGACAGAGAACUAUUGGGUUCCGUGUGAGGACGAGGACAAUGUUAGUGUUGGGAGAAAGGCAUACAGGAUCGAGUUGGUUGGGGUCGUUUGCGACCCCUAUCUUGCCGUUGUUAGAGGCAUUAGGAGGGCAAUACAGAUUGGGAGGGCAGUGAGAGUGAAGUCACAGCUGAAAUCACACAAGAGAUUUGCUAAUGCAUUUCCGAGAUACUCUCACCUUGUGGAUAAUGCCAGGCUAUAUUGCACAAAUGCCCCAGGAGCAUGGAAAGAUGGAGGCUGCAACCUAUUAGUUGAUCCCGAUGAAAUUAGAUGCCUAACAUCGGUUAGCGAGUUGAACGAUGAAGCUGAGUCGAUUCAUGAGUUGUACAAAGAGGUGGGCCAAAUGUAUGACAGAGGCUCCGUUUGGAAAGACAUAGUCUUGAUUUCUACAAGGGCAAGCAUUCAGCUGGAGCUCAAAUGUGCUGUCAAGAAAAUCGAAAUCACCGCUGCCUAA